AUGAAUUUCGCAUUUAUUUGUAUGAAAAAUGAUAUGGAAGGAGCAAUUUUGGGACAGAAUGGAACUCUUCAAUCCAUCUACGACUACACUUCCACUGAAAAAGCCCAAUUAAUUUGGGCAGUUGCAAUCGGCACAAUAAUUGGAACUAUUCCAUACAACUGGAUGUAUGUCAGAUAUGGAGCCAAAAACGUUUUCUUAUCAGCUGGAAUCAUCUCUCUCAUUGCAACUUCUUGUACUCCAUUCGCUGCUGCAAACAAUUAUAUUUUCUUACUUAUCAUAAGAUUGAUACAGGGAAUUGCAUAUGCUGCUGACUUCGCAGUCAUUGGAAUAAUCUGUGUAAAAUGGGCACCACAUGAUGAAGUUGCAUUCUUCGUGUCUGUUCUUACUGUAUUCUCACCGUUUGCCACUGUGAUCACUACUGCAGUUACUGGAUUCGUGAGUUUAUAUUUGUCCCGUUUCAGAUUGAGUGCCAGUAAAUUCGGUGCGAAGAAGAAAUUUCAGUUGUGCACCUCAAGUUUCGGAUGGAGAUCAUCAUUCUACGUUCAUUCGGUUGCUGGUGUUCUUUGUUUUGUCCUCUGGUACAUCGUAUAUUCCGAUGAUCCAUUAUCCCAUUCAAGUGUUACUUCAAGAGAAUUGGCCGAAAUUCAAAAAGGAAAAUCUGCGGCUCAUUUUGAUAAGAAAAGAGAAAUCCCGUACCUGAAGAUGAUCACAAACAGCGCUCUGAUCUGUACUUGGUUCAAUGCCUUCAUGGAUUUGUCAAUGUCAAUCAUGAUAAUCACUUACUCUCCAAUAUAUUUCAAUACUGUAUUGGAGUUUCCAAUUGAACAGACUGCAUUCAUCAUUGGUAUCACCAAUUUCGCUCAACUACCAUUCAAAUUUGGAGCCGCGUUCAUCAGUGACAGGAUAACAUCUAUAAACCCAAAGGCAAAAAUGUUGAUUUUCAACUCGAUUUCGUGUGGAAUCGUUUCAAUUCUCUUCGGUGGACUUGGAUUUAUUUCAAAAGAUCAGAAAUGGAUUGCAAUGUUUUUACUAAUUGCAGUCAACUGUUUGAUGUCAACUAAUUGUGCUGGAUUUUAUCAGUGUGGAAGACACGUAUCCCAACAAUUCGCUGAUGUUGUAAUCGCGGCUAUUCAAUUCUGUAAAUGUCUCGCUCUAUUCUUUGUUCCUGCAAUCGUUGCAGCUACAGUAACCGAUGAAUCAAAUCGAUACGAAUGGUCACAUGCAUUCUUGGUAAUGUCCGGAUUGUUGUUAGUGGCCAACUUCUCAGCAUAUUUCUUCUUCACUGACCAACCAGCUGACUUCACAAAAUGUGAUGAACCACAGGAAUUCCCAUUGAAGCAAUCAAUAAAUGAUGAAAAAUUAUAA